AUGACAGAUGCUCAGAACUACCCCAUGCCCACAGAGUCUCAGGAUGCCCUGAACUCCAACCUGCCACCCCCUUACCUCCAUGGGGAGGCCCAAGUGGACCCCACGCCACCAUACAUGCCACCUCCAUACUCUGCAGCUCCAGCCAUGUAUCCUCCAUCCCCCUACCCCCCAGUCCUGUACCAACCACAGGCAGGGGUGGAUAUGGGAACCCUCCCACCUGGAGAGUGUAACCCUGUGGGAGAGCCAGGUAUCUAUCUGUGCUGUCCUGCUAUAGCAAGGAAAGAGGGGAAUCGAUCAUGCGGAUGGAUUAAUAUCUUUCCUCGUAUUACUGCCAAUUACUAUAACAUUUUAAUGACAUUUUUUAAAUGCCUGCUUUAAUAAUUAAUGUCCGCUAAAUUCACUUGUUGUGUUACAUGACCACUGAAAAGUCUGCAAAGUCUGGUCACUACAGUAUUCCAAUGUUGUGUCCAAUAACAUGGGUCCAAUAAUAACAUGGGACUGUUGUUCUGUCACUCACAAAGGAUCCUCUCCACCAGAGGCAGACGCCCGCCCUAUUGGUGUCAUCUUUUGAUGACAAGACAAUAAGGAAGGGGUUUAUCCGAAAGGUCUGUACUGAUAUGUCUCAGAGAUUUGGGGCUUUAUUCAAUCUGUAUCGCCGAAGUUCAGCGCUAUAGCGCGCUUGAAAUGGAAAGGUAAUUUCCAAUUUAGUCGACAUAUGCAGUGUCUGCUAACAUGGGAACAUUGCCUUUAAAUGUAAAUCGGGCUACAAUGUGGAACUUCAGCGCUAUGCAUUGAAUAGAGCCCUUAGUCUUUGACCCCCCUAGUUUCAUGGUGACCUCCAAGGUAUACCUUCCAAACAAAGUGGCUAAUGGUAACCCUGUCUUUCUACCUGUGCAGGUGUUCAGUGUCGUGACCCUGCAGUUGCUGGUGACCUUCAGCAUUGUGUGUGUGUUCACGUUCUCCAGUGUGGUGAGGGUGGCGGUGCAGAGCAACAUCUGGAUCUACCUCAGCUCAUACAUCCUGUUUGCUGUGGUUGCCAUCUGCCUUAGCUACUGCAAUUCCUUUAGCAGAAGCCAUCCCUGGAACCUGGUGGGACUGGUAGGUCACACACAGACACACAAACACAACCCCUUCACAGCUAGCUAGAGCAGCGACUGACAAACUGGCUAACGCAGUCAAUGAGUAAAUACUGAAGUGUGGGUUAGAUUGAAUUGAGCUCCAGGUUCAUCUGUUUUAUAUGCCAUUUAGCAGAUGCUUUUUAUCCAAAGCGACUUACAGUCAUGCGUGCAUACAUUUUUACGUAUGGGCGGUCCCGGGAAUCAAACCCACUAUCCUGGCGUUGCAAGUGCCAUGCUCUACCAACUGAGCUACAGAGGACCAAUCUGUUGGCUGAUAUACUGUAUAUAAACUAUGCAAUUGUUCUUUAGAUGUUCACAAACAUUUAAAAAGUGAACUUACCUGUGAUGGUUAUACAUGCAUCUUCCUGUAUUCACAGUUCCCUGUUGGUUAAUGCCAAAGCCAUUCACCUAGAACCUAGUUACAUGACUAAUGAGAACUGUCUUUGAUCUUGCUUUGAUUCCAUCACCACUUAAACACAUAGACAAGGUACAGUGAGAUUUGGGGUUGGGUGAGUGGUAUUCUAACUGUGUAAUGGUGUGUCCUACCUCUAGUCAGUGGUCACUCUCACCCUAUCCUACUUGGUCGGCACUGUGGCCUCAUUUCAUGACACCACUGCUGUAGUCAUCGCCAUGGGAGCAACAGUGGCCAUCUCCUUCACCAUCAUCAUCUUCUCAGCCCAGGUCAGACUUUUCAAAUAACAAAAAACAUUAUGCUUAAUUGGACCACUAGUACCUACCACGUGUUUAAUGUGGUCAGGCUGACCAGUGACCAAGCCUAUCUAGCCUUACUCACUCUCCUCUCUUUGGUCUGUAGACUCGAGUGGACUUCACACUUUGUAAUGGCAUCAUGCUGGUGCUGGCAGUGGACCUUCUCAUGUUCAGUUUCUUCUGCUGUUUCUUCUACUCCAAUGUGCUUCAGAUAGUCUACGGAUCUCUGGGAGCCCUGCUCUUCUCACUGGUAGGGAACUCACUCAAUGUUACUUCUCCUUUUAGGCCCUUUCUGUUUAUCCAGCCUUAUAGCCAGAAUCAAUACCUCCAUUGCACCCUAAACCCUUUCUUCCUUCCAUCACCUUUUCCCUUUCUGUGUCUCUCCCUCAGUUCUUGGCGAUUGACUGCCAGCUGGUGAUGGGCAGGCAGAAGUAUGCUCUGGAUCCAGAGGAGUAUGUGUUUGCUGCCCUGAUCCUGUACCUGGACAUCAUUAAUAUCUUCCUCUAUCUGCUCAUCAUAAUGGGAGGCUCCAGCAAAUAGUCAACACCUGGCAGAAACCUACUAUGACACACAUAUCUAGCUAUAGUCCGUAGCACUCCAAACUCGAGCUGGGCGAUAUAAACAGAAAUCCAUAUUGUGAUAAAUUGCAUGAAUUUAUGUGAUAACGAUAAAUAGAACGAUAGUUUAUAAUGUGCACCACUUUUUUUUGUAUCCUUUCAAACUACUACUACUAGUUUGAUAGUUGUAGCCAUC